AUGCUUUUUGGCGACCUUCUAAGUACGAAUGUGAUCAUGCUAAAAGAACUUGACAUAGCACUAGCCCAAAAGACGGCUACGACCACUUCGACCGAAACUUCAGCGGUGCUGCGGUCACCAACCCCCAAUCCUUCAAUUAUUUCUUUGACUGUCAAUUCUUUACCCCCAAUAUCCCAAACUCAAAAAUCAACACUAUUCGACGAUUCGUCAAAUCCACAACUUAAUAUGUUCUCCCAAUCACAUAAAACAAAUUUAAAUAGAUUUAAGCAUAGAAAAAUAUCACCUUUUUCUUCGUUAGAAACGAUUUUUCUUCAAUGGAAAAAACUCGGUCAAAUUAGAAUACCCAAAAAGAUUCAACCAUGGUUGCUCUUUGCAGUAUGGGGACUUGUUUCUUUGACAACUUUAUCUCUAUUCUUGGUAUACAGAAAACAGAUUUUCACUUUUUUGGAUCAACUUGCAUAUUUGAUGAGAUCUAUGGGAUUUAGUGGUGCGUUAAUAAUAUUUGGCCUAAUAUUCGCGACAACCUUCCCAUUAGUAAUUGGAUAUAGUACACUGAUAACACUGUCGGGAUUUACGUAUGGAUUCGCCAUAGGAUUUAUUAUAUCAUACCUAGCUGCAUUGACUGGGGCUGUGACUGUGUUUGUGUUGAGUAGAAGAUGGUUCAAGGGACCAGUUAGGAGGAUUUUAAAUAAAAACAAGUCGAUGCGUGCAGUGAUCAAGGCUGUUGAUAAAAAAACAACACACAUAUCACUUUCCGCAUUCACUAGUGCUACCGCAUUAUCACUUUUCAAACUUGUGAUUCAUGUCUGGAUAGGCAGUAAUAUUUCAUCAUUCUCAGCUCGCAUGGGCAUAUCUCACGUGUUAGAUGAUGGAACAUUGCAAAAACACGAUAAUGAUCCUUUGGGUUCAUAUAAUAAUUUACUGAUGGCGUGCGGAUUUCUGAUUGGUAUCGGUGUAAUUAUUUAUGUAUGGAUAACAGCAAGAAAAACCAUAAAGGAUAUCGAAGAUGAAGAAGAGAGUGAGCAACAUAUCCAUGAAGAUGGAUUAAAUGACUACGAUUGCAAUAAUAACGAAAAU